AUGUCCGCCGCUCAGGUUUCCAUCGCCACCAGCGCGCCUCAAGCUAUCGAAAAAAAGCCCGUCAAGUUCAGCAAUUUGCUGCUUGGUGCCGGCUUGAAUUUAUUCGAGGUCACCACGCUGGGACAGCCGCUGGAAGUGAUCAAGACAACCAUGGCCGCCAACAGAGCGGAUAGCUUUGCUGGCGCCAUGGCUCGGAUUUGGGGUCGUGGCGGUGCUCUCGGAUAUUAUCAAGGUCUCAUUCCCUGGGCCUGGAUUGAGGCAUCGACCAAAGGUGCCGUCCUCCUCUUUGUGGCAUCUGAGGCCGAAUACCACGCAAAGACCUUCGGCGCGCCAGACUUCCUUGCAGGAAUCAGCGGAGGUAUGGCCGGCGGUGUUGCUCAGGCAUACGCCACCAUGGGUUUCUGCACAUGCAUGAAGACAGUCGAGAUCACCAAGCACAAGAUGGCCGCGGCAGGUGUCAAGCCGCCCAGCACUUUUGCUACUUUCAUGGAUAUCUAUCGCCGCGAAGGUAUCCGCGGAAUCAACCGCGGUGUCAACGCCGUCGCUAUUCGCCAGACCACCAACUGGGGAUCGCGUUUCGGUUUGUCCCGGUUGGCGGAGUCUGCAAUUCGCAACGUCACCGGUAAAGACGAGGGGCAGAAGUUGAGCGGCUUCGAGAAGAUCAUUGCUAGUGGUCUUGGUGGUGGUUUGUCCGCUUGGAAUCAGCCCAUUGAGGUUAUUCGUGUUGAAAUGCAAAGCAAGACCGAGGAUCCUAACCGCCCUAAAAAUCUGACUGUAGGAAAAACAUUCAGAUACAUUUACGAGACCAAUGGUAUCAAAGGCCUUUACAGAGGUGUAACUCCUCGUAUUGGUCUUGGUAUCUGGCAGACAGUCUGCAUGGUUGCUCUUGGUGAUAUGGCCAAGGAAACUGUGGAGAGACUCACCGGUGACCAGGUCACUGCUAAACAUUAA